AUGAUCCGAUUGGUCUGUAUCGCCGCUCUGCUGGUAGCAGCACUUGCUGUGCCCAUCACUGACGUCAGGUUUGAUGACGAAUGGGACAUCUUCAAGUCCAUGUACAAGAAGGAGUAUAACCUUGUAGGGGAGGCGAUGAUGAGACGACAGAUCUGGGAAAGUAACAUUCGUUUGAUCCAGAAACACAAUCUGGAGUAUGACCGAGGUCUCCACACCUACACUUUGGGCAUGAACGAAUAUGGAGACAUGACAAACGAGGAAUUUGUUCAAACUAUGAAUGGUUAUAUCAUGAGAAACACUACUGAAGGAAGCCUCUUCCUCCCUCCAAGCAACGUCGAUAUCCCUGAUACGGUCGACUGGAGAACUAAGGGCUAUGUCACACCUGUGAAGAAUCAGGGACAAUGUGGUUCUUGCUGGGCUUUCUCCACUACUGGAUCUCUCGAGGGACAAACCUUUAAGAAGACCGGAAAAUUGGUGUCACUUUCUGAGCAGAAUCUUGUGGAUUGCUCAUCUCGUGAAGGUAACCAUGGAUGCAAGGGAGGACUGAUGGACCAGGGAUUCAAGUAUAUUAAAAUCAAUAAUGGAAUUGAUACCGAGUCAUCGUACCCAUACACUGCUAGGACUGGAUUUUUCUGUAAAUUCAAAAGAAGCGAUGUAGGAGCUACAGACACCGGAUACACCGAUGUUAAGAGUAAGAGUGAAUCUGAUCUCCAGAGCGCAGUCGCAACUGUUGGACCAAUAUCCGUUGCAAUGGACGCUAGUCACAGUUCAUUCCAACUUUACAAAACUGGGAUCUACACAGAAAAGAAGUGUAGCUCUACCAGACUCGAUCACGGAGUACUAGCUGUAGGAUACGGUACCGACAACGGCAAAGAUUACUGGCUGGUGAAGAACAGUUGGGGAGCCAAAUGGGGAAUGGAAGGAUAUUUCAAAAUAGCACGUAAUGCAGGCAACAUGUGUGGACUGGCUACUCAAGCAAGCUACCCAGCUGUGUAA